AUGUCUACCUUUUCUGCAACAACUAUUUCGAAACAUAAUGACGAAGAGAAAAUUAUUAACUUUUGUCUGCAGGAAGGAAGAAGAUAUUUAAGAUACCCAAAUUUUGAAGUUCUUCGGAAAGAGUGGUUCAGCUUCCAACCUCCUGAGGCACUAAAUCCGACUACGAAUGUAAUUUCCAAUCCACCUGAAACAGUUGAGUCCCUUCGCAAAUAUAAAAAAAGAUCAGGACAAGCGCAAAAGUUUCUGGAUCGUGUGGGCCAGAACUUCAGGGCUCAACCUUAUCUUCUUCUUGACAAUAUCGAUAAAGGAACAUUUUAUGAGAAAAAGGACGACUGGGUGUUGGUGUUUAUACAAGAAGUGAAGAAAUACGGAUCAGAAUAUACGAGCAAGGAAUUAGUUGACCUCGAAGAAAAAAUGCCUGGCGCAAUAUAUUUACCAGUUGAUAAUUUGCGUCAUAAUAAUGCUACGAAACCUCCACCAGAAAGAACAGUGCCUGCUCAUCGCGCUACUCAGGAACACAUGAUUAGAGUAAAGGUUAGAAGGUUAGGAACCACAAAGACAGUUACACUCGAGCUUAAUUUUAAUGAUCCCGCCGAAGGUGGUAAACUUUAUAAGACUGUAAUUGCUUCAGGUACGCAAGAAAGGACCCUUCCUUACCAUGUCCGUCGUGUGCUUGGAAGAACGGGAUGGCAAAUUAGAAAAAUCCAAGCAAACGGAUAUGGAUACCCUGCUUAUGUUUAUUAUGCAACCACAGCAUUUGAAAUUGCUAUCGGAGAUAAUAACGGAUGGAGUAAGUGGGUGAAUACAAAUACACUCAGAGUUUGGCAGUCGGAACCCGGUGAUCACAUAGAAAGGUCUCUUGUUGGAACUGAUGUCCUCGAUCAGUUUUCCUUCGUACACGAGCCAAAUCAAGGAUUUAAAUUUUUAAGUGCAGCUGACGAGGUUACUUUUAACCAAUUAUUUGGCUAG